AUGCCUGAAGUAUACGCUGCACCGCUUGAUUACGCGUUUGAACGCAACUUCAAAGGCUAUGGCGAGAAGGGUCUACCAAGCUUGAAAUGGCCAAACAACGCAAAGAUUGCCGUGUCGUUCGUCAUCAACUACGAAGAGGGCGGCGAGCGUACAGUCAUGGCAGGAGACGGAGUAUCCGAGACCAACCUCCGCGAGUACCCAGCACAGCCCAGAAUCAACGAGCGAGACUACAGCGGCGAAUCCGAGUUUGAGUAUGGAUCUCGUCGCGGAUGGUGGCGUUGCUUCAAGCUCUUCAACGACUACAAGAUGAAAUUUACCCUGUACGCUGUCGGCCAGGCCGUGGAACAGCAACCAGAAGUAGUCACCCGCUGCGUGGAGGAGGGCCACGAUGUCGCUUCCCACGCCUACCGCUGGAUUGACCACGCCAAUCUGUCUGUAGAGGCCGAGAAACAGCACAUCAGAGACGGCAUCACCGCGUUGAAGAAGCUAUCUGGCUACGCACCAAAAGGAUGGUACUACGGACGUCCUUCACCACAAAGCAGAGCGUUGAUUCCCCUUGUCUACGAAGAAAUGGGCGAGGAACUCCUCUGGGCUAGCGAUGCCUACGCUGACGACUUGCCUUACUGGACUGAUUUGCCACAUGAGCGUGGUAGCGCGAAUCCCAAGGGCUGCUUGAUGGUUCCUUACAGUUACGACUGCAAUGACUUCAAGUUUCACUGCCAGGGCACUGGAUUUCGCAGUGCGUACGCUUUCUACGAGCACAUGAAGAAUGCUUUUGAUGUGCUGUACGAGGAGGGCGAGGCGGGAGAGCCAAAGAUGAUGACGAUUGGAUUGCACUGCCGUAUUGUUGGUAGGCCAGGUCGGUUCAAAGCGUUGCAGGACUUUGUCAAAUACAUUUCGGAGAAGGAGGGCGUGUGGGUUGCAACUAGAACACAAAUAGCGGAAGCGUUCAGGGAACAGUUUCCCUACAAGAAAGGUGAGCUUGCGUAG